AUGAAUAACGACAAUAUACACCAAAGUUAUGGCUAUGAUACAGCACCAGAUUCCAAUGUUCAUUAUGUUCCAAGUCAAACUGGGACAAAUGCAUAUAGUCACCAGCCAAAACGAAGGAGGAAAAAUACACUACCGGAUCAAAUUUCUAAUGACUAUAUUUCUGCAUUGCGAGGACCGGAUCAGGGUUAUGGCUCAACGCAAAUUCGAGACGUGCAAACCACCGGCUAUCCAAAUAGCAAUUAUCAACAUAGCUCAAUAUCAGCGCAUAGUAAUACUUCACAACCAUUGACAUUUGAAGCACCUGUGAAUAAUCAGCAGGUAACACUUAAUAAUGCACGACCACUAUCUAUCGAAUCGAAUCAUAGUAUAUACGGUCAAACUUCAAAACCUUUGCCUAGCUCUAUUAAGAUGAGCUCGGCACCGAAUAUCAAUCACCAGCGUCAAAUUUCACAAACCAUUAAUGGAAUUAGUGAUAACCCGAAUUGGUAUUAUCCGGUUCAGAACAAUGUUGGUCAUACCAACCCAAUGCUAUCUAACGGUCAAUUUGCGACGCAGGAUCUUAACACGGAUGCUAUGUUUCCUAGACAACAAAUGACAAUGUUAGCUUCGACACAAAGUCGAGAUGUGCAGCAACGACCUGUUCAUACCGUACAAUCACAGCCUAAUGAUAAUAAUUCUGUGACACAACAAAACUUGCAAGGGUGUUGGUUAUUGCCACAGCCUUUCUAUUUUUCUCAACCAAUUGAUUCAUCAAUCAAUAAUACGUUACAAUCAGAACUAUCGCCUUCUUUUAAUUCAAUCGCCACAGAGCCAAGGAUAUCUAUUGGUCAGACACCACAGUUUGGUCAACAGAGUCUCAUGGAAAUAUCUGAUGGAUUAGGGAAAAAACUAGAUAGAUCAUUAACUUUAUUGAAGUCGAACGAUCAAACGACUUUGCGUAGAGCGUGUGAAGAGAUCGCAAAUUGUAUAAAGAAUCCUAAAAAAUACACUCUAGAAAUCAUUCGUUCAUCUGAAAUUCAGAAUAAACUUUUUUCAUGUUUAAAGCUGAUACGAUAUUGUAGAGAUGACUGCAUGAAAUUUGCAAUAGACGUCUUUCAGACAGUUCUUGACAAUCUGAAUCUCUUUCCAGAAGCUCAAGUGCAGAUGCAGUUUCAGCAAUGGUUUAACGAGCUAAAUCAAGUAUACCACGCUUCUCAACGGAGCAUGCCAAGUAAUAAACAACCAGUAACAGUUUCCGAUAGUAUUUCUUCAGUUAUUGGGAAUCAUGGUGCAUCACGAAUUAGUACAUGUCAAAUUCAGCCGACACGAUCUGUGCGCCAGCAACAGCCUUCAAUAUCUGUGGCAAAUCCAAUACCACAACGACGUUCUACUAGUAGUAAUAUUGAACGGGUGGAUCGUUCAAAAUGGGCGGGCAGAUUAAUUGAUCAUGCUUGGAUUUACGGAAUUUCACUACAUGACUCAUUAGUACAGCAAUCAUUAGUACAACAUAAUUCAACGUUAAUUCCAAUUGCAAAAGAAUCCAUAUAUAUAUCACAGGAAACAUUCAACCGGAUAUGGAGGUCAGAAACGCCGAAGUUGCCAAUUAAUUCUACACCAUCACAGCUACCGCUCACUUAUCGUCUUAUAUCACGACGGACUAAAAAUAUCGAUAUUGAUCCCAAAAGUGAUAAGUGUGAUUGGCCACCAGAAGAGGCGUGUUUCAGUGUAUAUCUUAACAAUAACCUUGUCAAACUGGAACGUAAACAACGGAUACUUCAUAAUGGAGUUGAACAAUAUCAAGGAGUUGAUCGUCCAGUAGAUGUGUCUAGAUAUAUAAAUGCAGGGUGGAACACCAUUACAAUAAAUCAAUGUGGAUGUGAACGUGAGAUAUCGAUUCAGGUUUUCGCAUGGGAGAGCCAAGAGUUCGUAUUGCGCUUAGCCAGGCUUCAAAGACUGACAUACGAACAUGGAUUAUCAAUUGCCAAGGUGAAACAAUCCCGUUCUGGCGGUUUCAAUGGUUCUUAUUACGUGCAUAAUACUGCUAUAUCUGAAAAUUCACGAAGUAAUCCUGGCCAUACAACAAUUGACGACGAUGAUGAGGUCACAGCUUACAAAAUGACAGUAAGUCUUAAAUGUCCACUUAGUAUGGUACGAAUUAAAGAGCCUGCCAAAGGUCUUUAUUGUGUACAUAUAGGGUGUUUUGACCUUGAAACCUAUGUCCAAGUCAAUAUGGUUCAUACAAAAUGGACAUGUCCAGUGUGCAAUGGUAUUGUGACAUCAGAGACAUUACGCGUAGAUGAUUAUUUCAUUAAAUUACUCGAACAAUUCUCAUCUAAUGUUUCCAAAAUUGCAAUCGAUUCAAAUGGAAUAUGGUCUAUUGUAGAGCAAGAUGAUAAUGACACCGAAUCGUCAGAUGAUGAGAGUUCGAACGUAAAACGACGUGACCACAAUGCUAAAGAAUCUUCUGUUACAUUAAUCGUGUUAGAUGAUGACGACGACGAUGAUCCUGUUCCACCAAUGCAAUCAACUCAUUCUACGUUACCUAAACAGAGUGAAGCACAAAUACCGCAAUCAACUGAUGAGACUAUUAACACUAGUAUAAUGUCGUCUCCUAUUUCUGAAGCUCAAAUGAGAAGUCCACCGACAUUAGAAUCCUUAAUAUCGUCUCCUGUUCCUCAUGCUCAAACGCGGAAUUCAUCAGCUUUAGCAUCGUUGAUAUCGUCUCCUGUUUCUAACGCUCAGAUGCGAAAUCCACCAGCACUGGACUCAUUAAUAUCGCCUCCUACCUCCAACGCUCAGAUUCGGAAUCUGCCAGCUUUAGAAUCAUUAAUGUCAUCUCCCAUAUCAGACACACAAACUCGGGACCCACCAACAUUGGAUUCGCUAAUGUCGUCAUCUAUAUCUGAUGUUCAAACGCAGAACUCACCAGCGUUGGAAUCGUUGGCACUGGUAGCAUCUACUCAGAUGCACUUACCACAGCCAUCAGAACCAUCGUCUCAUAUUGUCCCUCAGAUCCCUCAGAUACAUUUGCCUUUGCUAGUGGAUCCAUUACCUUCUCCGGAUGCGAAUAAUGAUGUGACUGCUAGUAAUGCAUUUAAAGCGCACUACCGUACCCAGGAAGCAAAUCCAAGUACUUCGACACCACCUAAUGAUAAAGAUCCACCUAGUGAUAAUGAUAGAUGGGAGGAAUAUUCUGAAGAAGAGGUAGAGCAAAAAAAUUUCAUUGCUAAGGAUGAUUAG